AUGGCGAUAUCGGAGUCCGUCGGCAGGAAGAUCGCUCUGAGCUACUUAUACGUGCUCGUGUGGAUCGUUUUAAGCUUCUCCGUUAUUGUGUUCAACAAGUACAUUCUCGACAGGAAGCUGUACAACUGGCCUUACCCUAUCAGUCUUACCAUGAUCCACAUGGCCUUCUGCUCGCUCCUCGCCUUCCUAUUGGUCAAAAUCUUCAAAGUGGUCGAACCCAUCGCCCUCUCUACAGAGAUGUAUCUCACAUCAGUGCUGCCCAUCGGCGCGCUCUACUCGCUCAGCCUCUGGUUCUCCAACUCGGCCUACAUCUACCUUUCUGUCUCGUUUAUUCAGAUGCUGAAGGCCCUCAUGCCUCGUGCCGUCCUCCUAGGCGUGCUCUUCACCCAAGAGGCCUUCCAGCGAGUGUUUUUUGAGAAUUCUCAAAAUACACUCGCCGCUGCUCUUCACCCGAGAGGCCUUCCGAACCUCUGCCUUGGCCAGCAUGGUCUCUCCCCUUUCCCCUUCCAUCCACUCUCCCCUCUCAGAUGCUCAAGGCCCUCAUGCCUCGUGCCGUCCGUCUACCUCCUCGGAAUGCUCAAGGCCCUCAUGCUAGUCGCUGUCUACCUUCUAGGGGUGCUCUUCACGCGAGAGGCCUUCCUAUCUCCCAACCCCACAGCACUCUCUCUCAACCCCUCCAACCCCCCAACACUCCCUUCUCAGAUGCUCAAGGCCCUCAUGCUAGUCGCUGUCUACCUUCUAGGGGUGCUCUUCACGCGAGAGGCCUUCCUAUCUCCCAACCGCACAGCACUCUCUCUCAACCCCUCCAACCCCCCAACACUCCCUUCUCAGAUGCUCAAGGCCCUCAUGCCAGCCGCUGUGUAUCUCCUCGGAGUGCUCUUCACUCAAGAGGUCUUCCGUACUUCUGCAUUUGCCAACAUGGUAGCCAUCACAGUGGGGGUGGCCGUGGCAGUGUAUGGGGAGGCGAGUCACACAGGGUCUCCUCAUGCACACAGGGUCUCCUCCUGCACAAAGGGUCUCCUCCUGCACAAAGGGUCUCCUCCUGCACACAGGGUCUCCUCCUGCACACAGGGUCUCCUCCUGCACUCGUGUGGUUCCUCCCUUCCUCCACCCUUCUUCACACAGAUGCUCAAGGCCCUCAUGCCAAUGCUCAAGGCCCUCAUGCCCAGUCGCAGUGUAUCUCCUCGGAGUGCUCUUCACCCCAGAGUCGCAGUCUAUCUCCUCGGAGUCCUCUUCACACGAGAGGUCUUCAGAACCUCUGCCUUUGCCAACAUGGUAGCAAUCACAGUGGGGGUGGCCGUGGCGGCGUAUGGGGAGGCGAAUUUUAACGUCACUGGUGUGCUGCUGCAGCUUGCAGCUGUGUGCUUUGAGGCCCUACCUGUGGCGGCGUAUGGGGAUGCGAAUUUCAACCUUACCGGGGUGCUGCUGCAGCUUGCAGCUGUGUGCUUUGAAGCCCUGCGCCUCGUUCUCAUACAGCCAAGGGCGUGUCCCUCAACCCCAUCACACCGCUCUUCUACAUCUCCCCCGUCUGCCUCCUCUUCCCCUCCCUCCCCCGGCUACUCGUCGAGUACCCUCGCCUCGCUCCCAUCUCCCACCUCUACUUUCCGUGCCUCUCUCCCUUUUGCACCUACUUCUCACCCCUUCCCACACCUUUUUUCUCCCUCUUAUUCCUGUCCCCACUUCGUCCCUUGCCUGCAGAUUCUCCUCACUCACAGCCAAGGGCGUGUCUCUCAACCCCAUCACAUCCCUCUUCUACAUCUCUUCUACCCUUCUUCGAUCCUCCUCACCCCACUUGCACCCCUCUAUACCUUUCUCUCUCCCCACACCACACCGCAGAUCCUCCUCACAGCAAAGGGCGUCUCUCUCAACCCCAUCACAUCCCUCUUCUACAUCUCCCCCAUCCUCCUAACAGCAAAGGGCGUCUCCCUCAACCCCAUCACAUCACUCUACUACAUCUCGCCCGUCUGCCUCCUCUUCCUCUCCCUCCCCUGGAUUCUCGUCGAGUACCCCCGCCUCGCUCCCUCGCUCACCAUCCCCGCUCAACCUGCGCUUAUCCUUUUCCUCGCCAACUGCGCGUGUGCCUUCUCGCUCAACCUCGCUGUGUUUCUGCUCAUUGGGAAGACGUACGUAGUGGCAAGCAGGGACGUAGUGGCAAGCAGGGACGUAGUGGCAAGCAGGGACGUAGUGGCAGGCAGGGACGUAGUGGCAGGCAGGGACGUAGUGGCAGGCAGGGACGUAGUGGCAGGCAGGGACGUAGUGGCAGGCAGGGACGUAGUGGCAGGCAGGGACGUAGUGGCAGGCAGGGACGUAGUGGCAGGCAGGGACGAACUGAAAGCAAAGGAGACUUCCAGGAAGCUGCAGCAAGAGCAGGAGCAAAACCAGCAGGGGGGAGCGGGGGACGAGGAGUCGGGGCAUUUAUUGGGUGGUGCUGAGUUGACUCAAAGGGAGCUGACUCAAAACGAGCUGACAGAAAGGUCGUUGGAAUCAGGGGACUCAACAGGAAAACCAGCAGGGUGA